AUGUCGACUGAAAAUUUGGGCGUUGCAGCGUCUUUGGACAAAUAUGGCGAGGAAGACCUAUUCAGUAUGCUAGUGCGUUAUGGUCUCUUCGUCGGAGCAAUCUUUCAGUUUGUCUGCAUCUCGGCCGCAGUUUUAAUGAGCGGCAAUGAAUCCUUAGAUGCUAACGAGGACGAAGGACGGGGCCUCAUUGAUGAACCUACGCCAAACAGUGCAAAUGCGCGACGCCUGCACAAAAUACGCAAAUUGGAAAAGAAAAAGCGACGCUAG